AUGAGGCUUUUCAGAUCUCAAAGACUGAAGUGCUCUACACCUGCCAGGCCUCUCUCAGACAGUCACUCAAGUGGAAUUUGUAUUUCUUCUGCUGUCUCAUUAGAAUCAUGUCUACCAGCCUGACCGCUUGUGAAUGGAAGAAAGUCUUCUAUGAGAAGAUGGAGGUGGCAAAGCCAGCUGACAGUUGGGAACUCAUCAUGGAUCCCAACCUCAAGCCCAAUGAGUUGGCUCCAGGCUGGAAGCAGUACGUGGAGCAGCAUGCUUCAGGCAGGUUCCACUGCUCCUGGUGCUGGCACACCUGGCAGUCGGCCCACAUGGUCAUCCUCUUCCAUUUCUUCCUGGACCGGGCCAAGAGGACGGGCUCGGUGCGGAUGCGAGUCUUCAAGCAGCUGUGCUACGAGUGUGGCACUGCCCGGCUGGACGAGUCGAGCAUGCUGGAAGAGAAUAUCGAGGGGCUGGUGGACAACCUCAUAGCCAGCCUGCGCGAGCAGUGCUACGAGGAGGACGGCGGCCAGUACCGCAUCCAUGUGGCCAGCCGACCCCACCGCGGAGCCCACCGGGGCGAGUUCUGCGAGGCCUGCCAGGAGGGCAUCGUGCACUGGAAGCCCGGCGAGAAGCUGCUGGAGGAGGAGGAGGCCUCCACCUUUUCGGGCGCCCCCAAGUCAAAGUCCCUGGAGGCCUUGGGGUUCAACUUCUUCUCCCUUCGCUGGUGCCUCUUCUGGGCCUCGCUCUGCCUGCUUGUGGUGUACUUGCAGUUUUCCUUUCGAGGCUCCUCGGCCUUACUUUAG